AAGAGAGUGAGAAUAUCAAAAGGGUCUAUUUUUCCACUGCUCUCUCCUAUUGUUGGCUGUUUCUGUUCCCCCCACCACCUUCAAUCUCAUCUUCCUUCAUAAUUCAUGGGUUCCUUUUGUUUUCUUAUAUACUCACUCUGACAUAAAAAAGUUUCAAUUUUUCUAACAUGGGUCUUUGAUAUUUUCUGUGUUUUCCUUAUCUUUAACUCCCCCUUUUGUGUCUUUGGACUUAUGGGUUGUUUCUGAUGUGUAUUUGGGUGUCACUACUAUUGAGUUUUUUGUUGAAGAAUCUGUGAAGUGAGUGUUGAUUUUUGUGGUUGGAGAUGUUGGGUUCAGGGACCAAUUUGGUGACAACUGUUAUUGGAUUUGGCAUGAGUGCCACUUUCAUUGUGUUUGUCUGCACAAGAAUAAUUUGUGGAAGGCUUAGAGGUGGUGUUGAAUCUAGGAUGAUGUAUGAGAUUGAAUCAAGAUUUGAUAUAGAACAGCCAGAACAUCGUGUUAAUGACCCUGACACUGAACCAGUUCUGAUUGAAGCAAUCCCUACUUUGAAGUUCAAUCAAGAGGCUUUCAGUUCCAUUGAAGAUACACAGUGUGUAAUAUGUUUGGCAGACUACAAAGAAAGAGAAAUAUUGCGCAUCAUGCCCAAAUGCGGCCACACUUUUCAUCUUUCGUGCAUUGAUAUAUGGCUGAGGAAACAAUCUACCUGUCCAGUGUGCCGUCUACCAUUGAAAAACUCUUCCGAAACAAAACAUGUGAGACCUGUGACAUUCACUGCGAGCCAACCUCUUGACGAGUCACACACAUCGGAUAGGAACACAGAUAUCGAGAGGCACAUUGAACCUACUGCUGUUAACUCCAUACAACCAACUUCCUCAGAAUCAGAAGCAAGGCAAUGAUCUAAGGUAGCUAAAGGGUUGUUCUGCUCUCAAAAAGAGACUAGUGGUCAUUUUCUGGUUCUAUAGAAAAACGCUUUUAAUUAGAUUUUGGAUUCAAAUUCUUUCUAUGUAUUAUGGUUUUCAUAUUCAGUUGGUGAUGUAAAAUAGGCCAUGCCAACAGUGGUUUUCUGCAGCAGAGAUGUACAUAAUAUAUUUUCUUCUGUAGCAUAUGCAGGUCUAGGUUUUCAUGGAAUUUAUUUUA